UCUUUUCCCGAAAAUAUUAAAGAACAUCGACUGUUGCAGACUCUACUAUCCAAAACUUCUACUGAUGAAUCUUAACUGUAAUCUUAAACUAUGAAAUGAUCACCGUUUCAUCGUUUCCCAGUGGUGAGCAAAUUCUUAUUCGUCCCACGAAUCUCAUCCUUCUCAUUCGUAUUCUUGUUGAAUAUCAACAAGGAGCCAAAAUACAUUUGGGCGAUGAGCUCUCAUUUUAUAUCACAAAAUUCUUAUCAAGUCUUCUAUAUCAAUACGUAAGAUCCUCUACAAUUUCGGGGCUUUAUAGUGAUAAUUUAAAUUAAGCUCUCACCUAGACUUUAAUAACGAUAACUUUAGUAGUUUCAAAGCUAAUGAAGAUCAUUGUAUACCAAUUAAAUGAAGUGAAAACUUGCAAAUUAAAAUAGCCUACGAUAUUUGUCUGUAACAUUUAUCAGAUACAAUACAAUUGUCUUAAGAUUAUCAGUCUGAACUGCGAUAACACAGAACUUGAAAAAAACAUGGAAAAAAGUAAAUACUCGUAGAUUUGAAUUUCAGCGAAUAGACUUAAGUUCUUCUGAAUGUCAGUUAAGAUUAAACAAGCAACAAACAACAAAAUAUUUUGAUCAUAUAUUAAUUCUAUAAUUAUAUAGUUUAUCGCAAGUUUUCAUUCAAACGCUCUGAUUCAGUCAAACUAAACGGUUCUAAACUAAAAAUAAUAACGGAAUUUUUAAAGUUUAAUUAUUUGUAAAGGAAAAGAAAUAAAAACUAUUCAUAAAUGGAAACGACCAAUAUGAGUCUAAAUGUAAAUAUUCUGAAAAUUUUGGCAAUAUUAAUUGCCUGCUCCACUGCGCUGUGUAGUGCCAAUCAACCUUCUUAUCAAGUAUCGCUUUAUGUACAUUUGCAUCCACGUGGACCACCCAUACAUCUGUGUAAUGGUAUCAUUGUUCAAAGUCGUCUAAUUUUGACUACAGCUUCAUGUGUUCAUUAUAAAUUUUCCUCCAGCAAUAGUCCCGUCAUACCUAUUGCUCCCAGUAUGAUCAGUGUUAUAAGUGGCAGUACGACGACAUUCAGAGAAGAAUUAACUUUACAAGUUUCCGACAUUUUUGUUGCGGAUAAUUUCAAUUAUACUACCGGUGAAAAUGAUUUAGCAGUUUUGCGCUUAAAGGGCAUAUUACCUUUGGAUACACGCAGCGAUAUGAGUUGGAUUACCUUAGCUGAUGAUGAGGAUUUUGAGGGCUCUUGUUUGGCGAAUUUCUAUGUGCGGAAUUCUCUCAAUGGUGCCCCAAAUUAUAUACAAAGCGAACAUUUGCCCAUAUUAGAUUCCGAAGCAUGUGGAGCUACUUCUCAAUAUUCCAAUGAACGUGAAAAUGAUAUUUGUUCAUUUUAUUAUUUGCCCGCUGGUUUCAAUUGCAACGCAGUUGAAAGCUUGCAAAAUUAUAAUGGCGAUCGUGGUACCGGUUUAGUUUGCGGUAAUAAAUUAAUGGGUAUAUUAUCAACUAUUUUGCCUUUGCAAAAUAAAACCGAUUGUCUGGAGAAACCCAUUAAAGCGUAUUAUACAGCAAUUAUACCAAAUAUAGGUUGGAUUUUCGAUGUCAUUACCAAAGAAGAUUUAAAUAUGUUAAAUGAUGGGGAAUAUAUUUCAUCGUCUCCCUAUGCUGGGGAAACAAAUGCCUUUGUUGAGCCACAAGUAACAGAACCUGAACCUACAUUAGUUUAUAGCCAACCUGCUAAUAUAACAGUUCCAACAGAAUCUUCCGUUCAAAACAUUGCAUCUAAGAAUAUCAAAGGAAAUUUCAAAUUCUUAUCAUUGAUUUUUGGAAUUUAUUUUAUAAUUCAAGUUUUAAACUGCUGACUGUAGUCAUUAUUUAGUCGUAUACUGUAAUCAUUUAUAUAGUAAAUUUUUAUAGUGUUAUCGACAAAAAAAAACUCACACACAAUUAAAUUUAAUAUUGGCUUAUAAACAUAAAUCAAGAAGGCUGUAAUAUUUACUAUUAGUUUAAGUUAUUUAAUAUAUAUUUUGUAAUUAUUUAUCCAAUA